AUGAAUAUCGUAAGAUGUUCGGUUAUGAAUACAGGACGGAUUAUUUCAGAUAGAAAAGAUCACAGGAAUGGUAUUAAGAAACCGAAGAAACACCGUUUCAUGUCCAUGAAAGGAGUUGACCAGAAGUUUCUGCGGAAUCUUCGAUUUGCUAAGAAGCAUAACAAGCGUCAUCAGCAUCAAAAGAAGGAAUCUAAAGCUUAA